AUGACCACCCCCGCUCUGCUGCCCCUGUCUGGGCGUAGAAUCCCCCCCCUGAACCUUGGGACCUCCUCCUUCCCCCACCACAGGGCUACCUUGAGACUGUCCGAAAAAUUUAUCCUUCUCCUCAUUCUUAGUGCCUUCAUCACCCUCUGUUUUGGAGCAUUCUUCUUCCUCCCGGAUUCUUCCAAACACAAACGCUUUGAUCUGGGUUUAGAGGAUGUGUUAAUUCCUCACGUGGAUACCAGCAAGGGGGGCAAAAACCUUGGAGGCUACUUGAUCCACGGGCAAGGACACGAUGAGCACAGGCACAGAGAAGAAGAGGAACGCCUGAGAAAUAAGAUCCGAGCAGACCAUGAAAAAGCUCUAGAGGAGGCAAAAGAGAAGCUGAAGAAAUCUCGAGAUGAGAUUCGAGCAGAGAUUCAGACAGAAAAGAACAAAGUAGCCCAAGAAAUGAAGAAGAAAGACAGCAAGCCUCUGCCACCUGUACCAGUACCAAACCUCAUAGGGAUAAACAGUGAAGACCCAACAGAUAAGGACAUCCGAGAGAAGAGGGACAAAAUUAAAGAGAUGAUGAAACAUGCCUGGGAAAAUUACAGGCAAUAUGGAUGGGGGCAUAAUGAACUUAAACCCAUUGCCAGGAAAGGACAUUCCACCAACAUAUUUGGAAAUUCACAAAUGGGUGCUACCAUAGUAGAUGCUUUGGAUACUCUCUAUAUCAUGGGGCUUCAUGAUGAAUUCAGAGAAGGACAAGACUGGAUUGACAAAAACCUUGAUUUUAGUGUGAAUUCAGAGGUGUCCGUUUUUGAAGUCAAUAUUCGCUUCAUUGGUGGUCUUCUAGCAGCAUAUUACCUUUCAGGACAGGAGGUGUUCAAGCUCAAAGCAGUGCAGCUAGCAGGAAAGCUCCUUCCGGCAUUUAACACACCCACAGGCAUUCCCUGGGCAAUGGUGAAUCUGAAAAGUGGUGUGGGUCGAAACUGGGGCUGGGCUUCUGCAGGCAGCAGCAUCCUGGCUGAAUUUGGUACUCUGCACAUGGAAUUUGUCCACCUCAGCUACCUGACUGGGGACCCUGUCUACUACAACAAGGUCAUGCACAUUCGGAAGUUACUUCAAAAAAUGGACCGUCCUAAUGGGCUUUAUCCAAAUUAUUUGAACCCAAGGACUGGGCGCUGGGGUCAGCAUCACACAUCCGUGGGCGGGCUGGGAGACAGUUUUUAUGAAUACUUAUUGAAAGCCUGGUUGAUGUCAGACAAAAUGGACACGGAGGCAAGGAAAAUGUACGACGAUGCUAUUGAGGCCAUAGAAAGACAUCUUAUCAGAAAGUCUAACGGAGGACUGACAUACAUUGGGGAAUGGAAGAAUGGGCAUCUUGAGAGAAAGAUGGGCCACCUCACCUGUUUUGCUGGGGGAAUGUUUGCACUUGGAGCAGAUGGUUCCAGAGAUGAUAAGGCUGGACAUUAUUUGCAACUUGGAGCUGAGAUUGCACAUACAUGUCAUGAGUCAUACGACAGAACAACAUUAAAGCUGGGUCCUGAAGCGUUCAAAUUUGAUGGUGGCCUAGAGGCAGUGGCAGUGCGGCAGAAUGAAAAAUAUUACAUUCUAAGACCAGAGGUGAUCGAGACCUAUUGGUAUAUGUGGAGAUUUACACAUGAUCCCAAAUACAGGCAGUGGGGCUGGGAAGCAGCACAGGCUAUUGACAAGUACUGCCGAGUCAGUGGUGGAUUUUCGGGGGUCAAGGAUGUCUAUUCCUCAUCUCCUGCAUAUGACGAUGUACAACAGAGCUUUUUCCUUGCUGAAACUCUGAAGUAUCUGUAUCUGCUUUUCUCCAAUGAUGACCUCCUGCCUUUAGACAACUGGGUUUUUAACACAGAAGCUCAUCCCUUGCCUGUUUUACAUUUAGCCAACACCACACUUUCAGGAAAUCCUGCUUAUCGAUAA